UUGUCUUCCAAUCUUUUCUGUUUCUCUCUCUCUCUUGGUUUGAUCGAGUUACCUUUUGGGUUUCUAUUGCCAUUACUGUAGGAGAUUCGAGCUCCUUCUUCGGAAGAAAAGGAUAAAAGAGAAGGAGAGAGCUUAUUAAUAUACGAUUACACAGAGACACAACAGUAAGGAAAAUAGAAGAAUACAUAAAUGAUGGGUUUUAGUUUGGGAUUUUUUAUGGUUUUAUCAGUUCUGGUUUUGGUUUCUGCAACAACGUCUAAGUAUCAGACUCUACCCAUCUUGUCUUUCGAUGAAGGGUAUUCUCAUUUGUUUGGGGAUAAUAAUCUUAUGAUCUUAAAAGAUGGCAAAAGGGUUCAUAUCUCACUAAACGAAAGAUCAGGUGCUGGGUUUGUUUCUCAGGACCUUUACUUACAUGGGUUCUUCAGUGCUUCGAUAAAGCUACCGGCCGAUUACACUGCCGGAGUUGUUGUUGCGUUUUACAUGUCUAAUGGAGAUAUGUUUGAGAAGAACCAUGACGAAUUGGAUUUUGAGUUUCUGGGGAAUAUUCGAGGCAAAGAUUGGAGGAUUCAAACAAAUAUUUACGGCAACGGAAGCACUAGCACCGGAAGGGAAGAGAGAUAUGGUCUCUGGUUCGAUCCUUCUGAGGACUUCCAUCAGUACAGCAUUCUCUGGACUGACAAUCUCAUUAUAUUUUAUGUGGAUGAUGUUCCGAUAAGAGAGAUUAAGAGGACUGAAGCAAUGGGUGGAGACUUCCCCUCCAAGCCAAUGUCCUUAUACUCCACUAUAUGGGACGGUUCUACUUGGGCUACCAAUGGUGGCAAGUACAAAGUGAAUUACAAAUAUGCCCCUUACAUUGCCAAAUUCUCCGACCUGGUCCUCCACGGCUGUGCCGUCGACCCGAUUGAAUUGACGUCGAAGAAGUGCGAUGCCGGUGAUUCUCUCACUGCCCUCAAUGUCCAAACCAGCAUAACAUCCGAACAAAGAUCCAAAAUGGCUAAAUUCAGGAAGAAUUACUUGCAAUACUCAUACUGUUAUGACCGAGUCCGAUACGCAACUCCUCUGUCGGAGUGUGUUAUUGACCCACGUGAGGCCGAGCGGCUCCGUGGGUUUGAUCCAGUUACAUUUGGCGGAGGCCGGCAUCAUCAUGGUAAGCGGCGCCACCAGCACCGGAGCAGAGCAAGCAAAGCUGAGACCACCUCCCUCUAGAAGCCUUGAAUUGAGAUGUAAUUUCUAUAUAUGUUUUGGUUCAUAAGAGCAGGCCAGACCUGUUUUUCCAUCUUUCAUGUCAUUAUGUCUAUUUUAUUUAGUUGGGUCAGUUUCUGUGAUUGUGAAUAGAGGGGGAGAUUUAUUGAGGUUGGUUAGUUCAUAUAGAGAUCAUGUGGGUAUAUAUAUUAUUCUUCAUAGCUUAUUGUCUUGCCUUUCUGUAUUUGAUAUAUGUUUGGAUUGAUGGUGUCUUCCCCUUUACAUUUUAAAUAAAUGUCUAAGCUGUGAAAAUUUU